AUGGGGUGCUGCCCCGGGGACUGCUUCGGCUGCUGCCCUCAAGAGGAAAACUGCUGUGAGAUGUGCUGCUGCGGCCCCUGCUGUGGAUCUUGUUGUGGAUCUUGCUGUGGCUGCGGAGGUUCAGGCUGCGGAAGCUCAGGCUGCGGAGGCGGCUGUUGCGGGUCUUCCUGCUGUGGAUCUGGCUGCGGGGACGGUGGCUGCGGGGGCGGUGGCUGCGGGGGAGGUUGCUGCGGGGGCUGCUGCGGAUCCAGUUGCUGCGGCUCCACGGGGUGCUGCGGCCCUGUUUGCUGCCAGCCCACACCUGUCUGCGACACGAAAUGA